AUGUCCUCGGUGAAGGAUACGGCGUCAUUCUUCACGCGAGGCAACUCGGCGCAGUUCGAACACGUGCUCGCGCUCUACCCGCAGGUGUUGAAGCUGAAGGCAGAAAACAAGUGCAAGAAACCGGACGAGUUGAUCCGGCUGGACGAUUGGUACCAGAACAAACUGCCUCAGCUGAUCAAGAAGCGCGGCAAGGAUCGCCACAUAGUGCACGAGGAGCUUGUCAAGACGAUGAAGUGGAAGCAAACGCGCGGCAAAUUCUUCCCACAGCUGUCCUACCUGAUCAAGGUGAACACGCCCCGGGCGGUGCAAGCGGAAACACGCAAAGCUUUCCGCAAGCUGCCCAACCUGGAGCAGGCCAUAACGGCAUUGUCUAACCUGAAAGGUGUCGGGACGACGAUGGCAUCGGCGUUGCUGGCUGCAGCCGCCCCGGAAACGGCUCCAUUCAUGGCGGACGAGUGCCUCAUGGCGAUACCAGAGAUCGAGGGCAUCGACUAUACGACGCGAGAGUACAUGAACUUCGUGCGACACAUCCGCGUCGUGACGGAUCGGUUGAACCGCGAAUGCCAUCCGGAAGCAUUCACGAGUGAUGUAAUGCAGGAGGAACCAACGAGCUCAGCAAAACGGGCUGGUAAUGGCGUUGGCGAUAGCCCUAACAACGACGAUGAAGACGGUUCCAGCUCAUCCGAUGGUGACUCUUCUAGUGAUGCGCCUGUGGCAAAAAGCAAACCGGAACAAACGACUAGCACAGUGCUGAAACCCCACGAAAGGAAAUGGUCCCCACACAAGGUAGAACUGGCUCUCUGGACGCACUACGUAGCUAGUGAGUUGCAACCGGAUCUGCUAGAGAGCGUUCCGGAGGAAGGAAAUCACACCGAUGAGGGCGAAAUCCCUGCCACGAGCAGUAUAAACACCGACAGUAAUCCUACAGAGGACGGCUCGCCCACGAAAGCCUCCAACGGAAACGCUUCAAAAUCGUUGGCCAUGACGGAGGGAAAUCACGCGAUCGAAGAACCUUCGGAUGAGAGCAACUGCGAUGCCAAGAGCACACUCGGAUCGGACGACUCGUCUAAGGACCUCAAAUUCGGAGUAGACAGUUUGGACGACUGCACGAAGUCGGAGGAUAGCAUGGAGCACCCUAGUGUGGCCACCUUGAGCUGCAGCACGAGAUCACCUUCUGUUAAUGCUCGGAAGACUAGUGCAGAAUCUGCCAAUGCGAGGUCAGCAAACGAGUCGAGCGAUGUCGUCGUGGACCGAACACCUAAGCCAUCGAUUGAUGAUGAACUGAACAACUCCACAGAGGAGGAUGAGAGUGAUGAUGAGCCCCCUUCUAAUAAGAGAACUAAAUUUGGCUAGAAGUCUAUUUAACCAGUAUAGACAGUAGUUAGCUAUUGGAAGUAGAUCUUUUUUUUUCAAAAGCUCAAUGACAUGAUCGAUACCUGUAGUACGUGAAGUGGUGUGUACCUUAUCUAACAUGUGCUCUUGCA